UCCGCCUUCCGGAAGUGACGUUAGACGUAAGACUCUAGUUCCCUUACAGUUGAUUGGUCAAACUGUAGCUGUACGUUCUGAACGUGGCGGGAGCUAAAAUGAGGUUCCGUUCAGCGAUGGUUAAAGGGAAAAGAGCCCGACUGGAGACGGUAAAAACAACAACACCAACGCGGAAGAGGUUAAAAGCAGCCGUGAAAGAAGAAGACUCUACAAACCCUCCCUUGUCAUCUUCAUACCACACUUUCUCUGGUCCAGCUGAUGUCCUGCAGCUUCGCUCUCAGCUCCUAAGCUGGUAUGACAAGGAAAAGAGAGAGCUGCCAUGGAGGACUUUGGCUAUGACAGAGCUAGACCUGAACAUUAGGACAUAUGGAGUGUGGGUUUCAGAAAUAAUGCUGCAGCAGACUCAAGUUGCCACAGUAAUAGACUACUACAACAAAUGGAUGAAAAGAUGGCCCACGGUGCAGCAACUUGCAGCAGCCACACUAGAGGAUGUGAACCAGAUGUGGGCGGGUCUUGGCUACUACUCCCGUGGUAGAAGGCUGCACGAAGGAGCGCAGAAGGUUGUGUCAGAGCUGAAGGGACAAAUGCCUCGGACAGUUGACAACCUGCUGAAACAUUUGCCUGGUGUGGGACGCUACACUGCUGCAGCUGUAGGCUCCAUUGCACUGGGUCAGGUUACUGGAGCGGUAGAUGGAAAUGUGAUUCGAGUGCUGUGUCGCUUGAGGGCCAUUGGAGCUGACAGCACAAGUACUGCGGUGACUGAGGCUCUUUGGAAUCUAGCCAAUAUGCUGGUGGAUCCAGUGAGACCUGGAGAUUUCAACCAGGCCAUGAUGGAACUGGGGGCACGAGUCUGCACCCCUAAAGGACCACUGUGCAGCCAGUGUCCCGUCCAAUCACACUGCCGCUCUUAUCAGAAGGUUCAUGUCAAACAAGAACAAAACUCCAAAAAGCUUUUGGGGAAGUUGGACACAAAGACUUCAGACCCGCCUGAUAUAGAAGAGUGUUUGAACAGUGGAACAUGUCUGCUGUGUCCUUCAGAACCCUGGGACAAUGAGCUGGGUGUUCAGAACUUCCCUAGAAAACCAGCGAAGAAGGCUCCCCGAGUGGAGCGAACUCUGACCUGCGUGUUGACCCGGGCAGGAGAGGAGGGAGACGACGAGUAUCUGCUCACACAAAGACCGAACAAAGGUCUGCUGGCAGGUUUGUGGGAGUUUCCGAGCGUUCUGCUGCAGGAGGAGAAGUCUGAGGUGAAACAAAAAAAGGCGCUGUGUGAGGAAAUAAGCAGAGUACUGGGAACAUGCUUCAACGAAAGCCUCCUCCAGUAUGUGGGAGAGGUGGUGCACAUCUUCUCACACAUCCACCAGACCUAUGUGGUGUACAGUGUGUGCUUGAAGGAGAGUGACAUGAAGACACAGACUGAAAACACACAGUGGCUCACCAGAUCUGCUCUGCAGGAAGCUGCUGUGUCCACAGGACUGAAAAAGAUUGUGAAGCUUUUUAAUUCUGUGACUUCUCAAAAGGAAAAAAACUCUCAGGAUGGAAAAAAGCAAAACCACCCAGGAGUAAAGAGUGAGAAGAAAUUACUGACCUCAAGAAAGACCAGAAUGUCUGCAGCUAACGGUGGAAGCAGGCAGCUUUCCCUCAGCUCCUUCUUUAAAACAGUGAAAGAAGAAUGUGGUUAAUAUUGUUUAAUUCCUGCAUGGUCCCUUAUCAUGUCUCUGUACUUGUCUGUGUCAUAGUGUCACUUCUGUAAUCCAAUUUAUUAUAUUGAGUGAUGCUAGUUUUUAAAUAUCUAUAUUUGCUUUAUAUCAGCUGUGUUUUUUUUUUCAAAAUGUAGAUUUUUUUUGUUUUAUCUUUUUUAUUAUUAACUUGUUCGUUACUGUAUGAUAUCACAUGCAAUGCAAUUGUAAGUCAAUUAACCACACCAAAUAUGUCAUAAAAUCUGUUUUUUUUUAUGUAAUAAAAAUUAUAAUAUUUUGGA